CACGGGUUUCCGCUCUAUUGACCAAUCACCACGUGCGCUGUGGAAAUCCUCCGCUCUUUCCGGGGGUGGAAGUUCACGAAUUAAACGCACAAGUGGCGGGAGUUGUUGUCAAGUAGGAUCUGAUCGAAGUCACCACAUUGAACAAAGAUGGAUGCUAAAAGGCGGAAUAGUGGUCUGCCGAGGGGCGGAGCGUCCCAGGCCAAGCGUGGUAAAACUGGGGAUUGGGAAGACAGCCCGUCAAACUUCGAGGAGGAACUCGCCCUGUUCGAAGAAGCCGAUAUGGAGGCGGAGGAGAGGGAAGGACAGGCGGGGCAUGACGUCAUCCCUGUUGGUGAGCUGUUCUCUGCUGACCUCAACCCCCGAUGGCGUAGGCCGCAGGCCGCCCCUCUUAACCCGGACUCUGACACCCUGGUCUUCCAACAGAUUGACCUCGACUACUAUUUAGGGGCUGUUGUGGCUGGCAUGCCAGGUCAGUCUCAGGGGAAUGUACCAAUAAUCCGCAUGUUUGGGGUGACUGACAGCGGGAACAGUGUGUGCUGCCACGUGCACGGCUUUGCCCCCUAUUUCUACAUCCCUGCCCCCAAUGGGUUCACCAGUGAUCACUUGAGUGAGUUCAAAAGGGAGCUUAACUCUGCUGUGCUGAAGGACAUGCGCUCCAACAAGGACAACAUAUCGGUCACUGUGCUGGCGGUGGACAUCACACGCAAAGAAAGUAUGUAUGGUUACCAUGGGAAACGGAUUGCGGACUUCCUUUGCAUCACUAUGGCAAUGCCUCGUCUGAUUGCCCCGGCGAAGAGGCUCCUGGAGCAGGGAUUUAAGUUUGGACAUUUCCCCAUUCAGAGCUUCUCUUCCUACGAGGCUAACAUCGACUUUGAGAUCAGGUUUAUGGUGGACAGCGAUGUGGUGGGUUGCUGCUGGAUUGAGCUGCCCAAAGGGAAGUACCGGGUGAGGGAGGAGAGGAUGUUGGGGAAGACGGACGCUCACCACCCAGGCAAGGUGUCUCUGUGUCAGUAUGAGGUUGAUGUGGGAUGGACCCAGCUGAUCAGUCACCCAGCAGAGGGAGAGUACCAGAGGAUCGCUCCUCUCAGGGUUCUCAGCUUUGACAUUGAGUGUGCUGGGAGAAAAGGGAUUUUUCCAGAGGCAGAGAAAGACCCAGUGAUCCAGAUAGCCUCCAUGGUGCAGCGACAGGGAGAGAAGGAACCCUUCAUCCGCACCGUCUUCACCCUCCAGUCCUGCUCCAGCAUCGUGGGCUCCCAGGUCCUGUGCUUUACUAAAGAGAGCCAGUUACUACAGAGCUGGGCUGAGUUUGUGAGGACAGUGGAUGCAGACAUCAUCACUGGGUACAACAUCCAGAACUUUGACCUUCCCUACCUGCUGAACAGAGCAGCUACCCUGAAGGUCAAGCUGUUCCCCUACCUGGGCAGAGUACAGGGCAUCAAGUCAGUCCUGAGAGACUCUAGUUUCCAGAGCAAACAGAUGGGCCGCAGAGAGAACAAGAUCCUCAACAUGGAGGGACGAGUUCAGUUUGACCUGCUCCAGGUGCUGCUGAGGGACUACAAACUGCGCUCAUACACACUCAACGCCGUCAGCUUCCACUUCCUGCAAGAACAAAAGGAGGAUGUUCAGCAUUCUAUCAUCACAGAUCUGCAGAAUGGUAAUGAGCAGACCCGGAGGCGCCUGGCAGUGUACUGCCUGAAGGAUGCCUACCUGCCCCUGCGUCUGCUGCAGAAGCUGAUGUGUGUGAUCAACUACAUGGAGAUGGCCAGAGUCACCGGGGUUCCCCUCACCUACCUGCUCUCCAGAGGCCAGCAGAUCAAAGUGGUGUCCCAGCUACUGCGGCAGGCAAUGAAACAGGGGCUGGUCAUGCCAGUGGUGAAGCCUGAGGGAGGUGAAGACUACACUGGAGCUACAGUCAUUGAGCCAGAGAAAGGAUACUACAGCGUCCCCAUCGCCACCCUGGAUUUCUCCUCCCUGUAUCCCUCCAUCAUGAUGGCCCACAACCUCUGUUACACCACCCUGCUUCAGAAGGGCUCAGCGGAGAAGCUGGGUUUGACCCCAGAGGACUUCAUCAAGACUCCCACAGGAGACUUGUUUGUUAAGAGCUCGGUGAGGAAGGGACUUCUGCCUGAUAUCCUGGAGGACCUGCUCUCUGCCAGGAAGAAGGCCAAAGCGGAGCUGAAAAAGGAAACGGAUCCUUUCAAGAAACAGGUCCUUGAUGGUCGACAGCUCGCUCUCAAAAUCAGCGCCAACUCAGUCUAUGGCUUUACAGGGGCUCAGGUGGGCAAGCUGCCCUGCCUUGAGAUCUCACAGAGUGUUACUGGGUUUGGCAGACAGAUGAUUGAGCAGACUAAACAGCUGGUGGAAUCCAAGUACACCACCGCCAACGGUUACCAAGCCGAUGCCAAGGUCAUCUAUGGGGACACGGACUCCGUCAUGGUCAAACUGGGCGUGGACACUGUGAGCAGGGCCAUGGAGGUUGGGAGGGAGGCGGCAGAGUGGGUCUCCUCCCACUUCACCCCUCCCAUCAAACUGGAGUUUGAGAAGGUGUACUACCCCUAUCUGUUGAUCAACAAGAAGCGCUACGCAGGCCUCUACUUCUCCUCAAGCGCCGACACUCACGACAAGAUGGACUGCAAGGGUAUCGAGACGGUCCGCAGAGACAACUGUACCCUGGUGGCCAAUCUGAUCAAUACCUGCCUGCAGACCAUUCUGAUAGACAGAGAUCCCCAGGGUGCGGUGGCCCACGCCAAAGAGGUGAUCUCUGACCUGCUGUGUAACCGCAUCGACAUCAGCCAGCUGGUUAUCACCAAGGAGCUGACCCGCACAGCCCAGGAGUACGCUGCCAAGCAGGCGCAUGUGGAGCUGGCUGAGAGGAUGAAGAAGAGAGACGCAGGUAGCGCCCCCCAACUGGGAGACAGAGUUCCCUAUGUCAUCAUCAAAGCUGCCAAAGGAGUAGCAGCAUACAUGAAGUCUGAGGAUCCAAUCUAUGUUCUGGAGAACAACAUUCCCAUUGACACCCAGUACUACCUGGAACAACAGCUCUCCAAGCCACUGCUCCGCAUCUUUGAGCCCAUCCUGGGAGAGAGCAAAGCAGAGAGCGUCUUACUGAAGGGGGAUCACACGCGCUGUAAGACAGUGUUGACCUCCAGGGUGGGGGGGCUCAUGGCCUUUGCCACCAAGAGGAGCGCCUGUAUUGGUUGCAGAGCAGUGCUGAAGGACGAUGCGGCUAUCUUCCACUUAAGUACUCUGGAGGAGCGCUUCUCUCGCCUGUGGACACAGUGUCAACGCUGUCAGGGCUCUCUCCAUGAGGAUGUGCUCUGUACCAGCCGGGACUGUCCCAUAUUCUACAUGAGGAAGAAGGUGCAGAAAGAUCUGGAUGAUCAGGAGAAGCUGGUGUCUCGCUUUGGAUGGUGAGAGACAACCAACAGACUCCAUAUUCACCGGCUCCCCUCUCUCCCCACUCCUGCUCGUUCCCUCUCCAGGAAAGGAUUUGUACUCUAUUGUCUUGCAAGAAUUAUAAAUGUUACACUAUUUUAUUGAAAUAUGAAUCUAAAUAAAUGGCAUUUUUUUGUAGAAA